GGUUUUGGCGGUUCUGGCCAAUUGCCCGCCCGAAUAAACGCACGACUCUCUGUGUCUGAACUCUCUUUUACUUUUCCCCUCCUACUGAAAAAAGCCGUUGCCACCUCUCUGCCCUCUCAUUGCGCGCCCACUACAACUUUCACCGAACCAGAAACCCAACCCGCGGAGGACCGGAGCAUGGAUUCGAACGAGAAGCUGCCUUUCUUCUUCCGGUCGACGACCUCCGCCGCCGAGCGCAAGCAGCACAUUGGCGACUCCGCGGCCAUGAGCCGGAAAGGAGUCGUCGCCGCAACUUCUUACAUGGCCACUGCAGUUCUCCUUUUUAUGUUCAACAAAGCAGCUCUUUCUACCUACGGCUUCCCUUAUGCAAACGUGAUCACCCUUUUUCAGAUGAUAUGCUCGUGCAUUUUUCUCUAUGCAAUGAAGUACUGGAAGGUUAUUUCUUUUACCGCUACUGAAGUGUCAAGCUCGACUGUUAACCCUGCAGCCUUUGUACCCCUGAAGACGUUGGCUCACACUACUCCUCUAGCAUUUUCCUACUUGCUUUACAUGCUGGUUACCAUGGAAUCUGUGCGUGGCAUCAACGUACCUAUGUAUACCACCCUCAGAAGGACAACAGUGGCCUUCACAAUGGUAGUGGAGUAUCUUCUGACAGGGAAGAAACAUUCUUUGCCUGUUCUUGGCAGUGUGGGGAUAAUCAUACUUGGAGCAUUCGUUGCUGGAGCUCGUGACUUGUCAUUUGAUGCCUACAGCUAUUGCGUCGUCUUCGUUGCAAAUAUCUGCACAGCAAUCUAUCUUGCUUCUAUUGCUCGGAUCGGAAAAUCUAGUGGCCUCAAUAGCUUUGGCCUCAUGUGGUGCAAUGGAGUUAUAUGUUUGCCAGCAUUGCUAGUCUGGACAUCAGAUUUCAGGUCCUUCCUUGCCUGCUGUCUUAGACUCUAUUCUCCUCUGUCUAAUGUCUUUGCAGUUUUGAACUUUGCAUACUGGAAAAAUUGUGUCGUUAGUUUUGUGGUUGUGCUGUUCUUUCUGCAGGCGGUGAUGUUGCUUUCCUGUAUCCUGGCUUUCCUGAUUAACUACUUCGUGUUCUUGAACACAGCAGUUAAUUCGGCAGUGACACAAUCAAUCUGCGGAAAUUUGAAGGAUCUUUUCACUAUCGGACUGGGAUGGAUGUUGUUCGGCGGCCUUCCCUUUGAUUUGAUGAAUAUCUUGGGACAGUUUAUGGGUUUCCUUGGAUCGUGUUUGUACGCCUACUGUAAACUCCAGGGUAAAUAACGCACCGCUGCCCCUGAAGAUUUACUGCAGAGGUAAAAUUAUCUCAAACUAGAUGGGUGAAAUAUGAAAGGUUUCUUACAAACUGUUUGUGUAAUUUUUUGUGGAGCUUAAAACUGUAGAGAGUGAAGUGUAACGAAGAAACAGGACUUGUUGAGGCUGCUCCUUAAUUUAUUAAAUUAUUUAAGCUAAUACUGUUGGCACUGAAGAUCAAAAGUGUAUAGAACUACAGGUUUAGAUUUUGGCGGGAAAUGAGCUCUGGUAAGCUUUCUAGUUUCUGGUCUACGUGGUGGAUGGGCUCAUUAGUUAUUUACCAGCUUCCAGAUCUGGGCUUGGCCCUGAGUUAAACACGGGGCGGAGUU